GCAUCCGUGCCUCAUUUGUAAGGGGGUAAAAUGAUGUAAGGGGUAAGUUCCGGUUGGUAUAGGCGGGGUUACAAGGAGUACAAAGGUAAAGAUCUCCCCAUCUAUGCUGACUGUAAAGUACCUAUAUAAAUAUACUUGGGCAGGGCGGACCUUCCAUUUACAACAAUUCCAUCACUUGUUUCUGAUUGACACUUAAAUAUUUUAAAUCGUUGAGUUUGAGUAACUACCUAGGUACCUAGGUAUCUUACAUAUACGUUACGGAAAUCUUAGAUGAGAUUACUUUCCAACGCAGCUUGCUUCCACUAAAAAUGGCAGAGGGUACGGUACCAUUCGUUGCCCCGGGCCUCUCGGAGCCUUCCAAAACGUGGUACAAGAUUGUCGGCGAUCUUAAACCCGACUCGAUCCCAUUGAUAGUAGUGCACGGCGGUCCUGGAGCAUGCCACGAUUACUUAUUACCAUUGAGUGACCUUGCGGCCAGCAGGCCUGUGGUUUUCUACGAUCAAAUCGGAAAUGGGCUCUCAAGCCAUUACCCAGAAAAAGCGGGAGAUGAAACCUUUUGGACUGUAGAACUUUUCAAAUCAGAACUCGACAACUUACUCUCACAUCUGCAUCUUGUUGGUCGACCAAUUGACGUGUACGGACACUCUUGGGGCGGUAUGUUGGCGGCGGAGUGGGCGUCUACGCCACAAAGCUCAAAGAACCUUCGGCGUCUAGUACUCUCGAACAGUUUAGCGAGUAUGGACGUGUGGAGAAUCGCAGUCAACGCCUUAAGAGUAAAACUUCCCGACGACGUCCAAAAAGUACUCGAUAAAUGCGAGGAGAAGAAAGAUUUCGAAAGCCCAGAAUACAAAGCUGCUGUAGAGGUCUUCUACAAGAGACAUCUUAGUAUUGCUAGGCCGUGGCCCGCCCCUGAAGUUGAAGCGGCACUCAAUUGGUUUGCCAAGGACGCCACAACAUAUGGUACUAUGUAUGGCCCAAGUGAGCUUUGCAUAACUGGGUCGCUUCGGGAUUGGACUUGUAUACCCUCGCUGAAGAAAAUCCAAGCUCCGACUUUGCUGAUUAAUGGGACCGAAGACGAAGCCCAAGACGUGGCGAUGCAGCCAUUCUUCGAUCAUAUUCCAAAGGUAAAAUGGAUUACACUGGAUGGCGCUGCUCACUUUUCUCAUAUAGAUAAACGGGAGGCGUACAUAAAACACUUGGAAUCAUUCCUAUCCGCCUAGGUGGGGGUAGAUGAUCGAACUACAUGCAAGCCCGUACGAGAACAGAAUUUAAUAUAUUAAUCCGCAGCCACAGAAUCAUCACUCCUGCUUGGUGGAAAAAGCAAGUGUAUACUCGACCCCA